AUGCGCCCGAUCCCGCUUGAAUUUCGCAAGGCAAUGGGAAACCGGAUUUAUGGCUGCGAUGAUUGUCUUGCAGCCUGCCCGUGGAACAAGUUCGCGAGUGCGGCCAACGAAAUCAAGCUUGUUGCCCGCAAAGACCUGAACAACCCAUUGCUUGCCGACCUCCUCGACCUCGAUGACGCCGAUUUCCGGAAAUUCUUUGCCGGAUCUCCAGUGAAACGGAUCGGACGCAACCGGUUCAUGCGGAAUGUCCUGAUUGCGGCCGGAAAUUCCGGCCAACGCGGUCUCCUGCCGAAGAUAGACCGGCUGAUGAACGAUCCCGACCCGGUUGUCAGAGGCGCGGCGGUCUGGGCGUUUCGGCAGCUUGCAGACGAGGGAGACGUUUCUGCCCGAAGCGCAACCACGUUCGACACUGAAGCUGAUGAAAACGACACGGGCAAAGCCGCAUUCGAUGCCUAUGUCGAAGGCCUGAACAACCUUGGCCUUGAAUUUGAAAACGGAACGGUCGACUACGAUGCCGGCAGUGACACGCUCACGCUAACGGACAGCAAGUUUUCUCUGAGUGGCAAGAUCGAGGACUUCCCGGCGGAAGAAACGGAUGUCACGGGCAAUGACGGCGCGACCGACAUCGAUCCUUCCAAACUGGCGGAUAUUUCCUAUUCGAUCGCCAUCAAUUCAGGGACCGUCACCAUCGCGGGCCUGACGCACGAAAACAAUAAAUUCACCUCGACCAGCUGGAUCUAUUCCGACGACACCCAGAUCGUGAUUGAAGGUUCAGUGGAAGAUGAAGGCCGGCUGAAAAUGGAUGGCCGUCUGGCUGGCAUGAGCGCAACCAACUACGAGUUCGUGCUUCCCGAUCUGCCGACGGAAGAUGAAAGCCGCAAGGCAAGCCGAUGGCUGCCGUUCAUAAAGGCAGCCUUGCUGACGUCUUAUGACGAGGUGAAGGUCGACAAUUCAGCCCUUACCAUUGAGGCGUAUGCCACUGAGGGCGACGCGGACACGCAGGUACUUUCCGGAACGGUCCAGAUAGAUGGAUAUCGUCUUGCAGGAGCACGGGAUGGAAAGGUUGACGAAUAUUCGAUCAACGGCAUGACGCAGGUGAUGAGGACGCUUGAUGCGGCCUCCGGACAGAUGCUGGCGCAAACGACCAGUCAGGGAAAGACUGUCUACAACACCAUCGAUCUCAACGGAUUUAUCAAUCUCUUCGACCCCUCUGUUCCUGAAAACGGCGAAGAAUGGACGCUGAUCGGAUCCGGGUCCGCGGUCGAUUACAAAUCGAGACAGGAAGUUGCCGAAGGCUUCGCAGUGCAAAUGGAAGCAGAGCGAGCCACUCUUGACAACGUCACGAUGAUCAAGCGGGACAACAACGUCCUCAGCCUUCUUGAUCAGGUCCUGAACAAACAGGCGCCCUCCCCCGAGGAAUUGAUCACGAACGUGUUCCAGUUCUACCGGUCCUUCGCCAUUGGCGAUGCCCGGGUCAGCGGGAUUUCCGUAAUAAUUCCAAUCGGCCCCGGACUGGAGUCAGCCGUCAAGAUCAAGGAAGUGGCGAUGACAGACAUCGGGUCGGAAGGCAUCGGUGAAAUGAUGCUGGUCGGUCUCGAUGCACCAAAACUUCCGGAAGGGGCUUCGGUCAAGCUGGACUGGGCCGCGAUCGGAAACAUCGAGUUUGCCGACUACACACCAAUGGAAGAAAUGAUCGGCAAACUGAUCGCAGACCCAAAUUACGGCGAGAACAACCCGCUCGAGGUUGCUCGCGCGUUCAUACCGAGAUCAUUCGCGUAUGAGGUCGAGGGUCUUGAUGUCAACAUUCCGGACGUCGGGCGGACCGAAAUCGGCAAGGCCGAAAUGACGAUUUCGACGACCGUGCCUCCGAUCCCGACCAGUCUGCACAUCAAGAGCGACGGCAUCCGGGUUCCUGUCAGUGCAAUCGACGAUCCGGAGGCACAGGCCCUGUUUCAGGCGCUUGGUCUCGAAACAAUCGUCUGGUCAGACGAAGCCCGGCUUUACUGGGAUGAAGCAACUCUGGAUCUUCGCCUGGAACGGUUGAUGCUCGAAAUCGAAGGCCUUGGCCGGGCUGAGGCCUCCUUGCGGUUCGCCAAUGUUCCCAAAGCCCUGUUCGAAGAUCCCGAGGGACAGGGUCAGCUGGCCGCGAUUUCGGCCCAGUUCGUUGACGCAUCGAUCAUCUUCAAGGACGCAGGCGUGACGGCAAACGGUCUCAAGUUCUUUGCCGAAGCACAAGGUCUGCCAGAAAACGUCCUGAGAGAAGCACUGGUUGCACAGGCGGCACAGGCGACCGCACCGAUCCAGAAUGAAGCCUUCACGAAGAUGGUCAGCGACGCUGUGUCGACAUAUCUGAAUGACCCGAAGGAACUGAAAGUGACGCUUUCACCCGCCAAUCCCAUACCUUUGGCGCAGAUCCUCGGCAGCAUGGCAGCUCCCCAGACCCUGCCCGAUCUUCUGAACGUGAAGAUUGAAGCGAACUGA